CUGUCCCACGUCUAGAACUUUGUGCUGCUGUCUUAGCGGUAGAGAUGGCAGACAUGAUUACGACUGAACUGGACAUUGAGAUCCAUGCAGUGAACUUUUAUACGGACAGCAAGAUUGUGUUAGGAUAUAUUCACAACGCUUCAAAAAGAUUUUACACAUACGUGACCAACAGAGUGACACGUAUCAGAAAGUCUACAAGUCCAGAUCAGUGGCAUCACAUCAGCACGGACAAGAACCCAGCGGAUCAUGGGACAAGAUUGGUGUCAGCCGCUGUACUCAAGCAAACUAACUGGUUCGUAGGUCCAUCGUUUCUUGGUAAGCCAGAAAUCAAAGAGACUACUCAGGUAGAGACCUUUCAGCUCAUAGAACCAGAUCAAGACAAAGAGGUAAGACCUCAAGUUGCAGUGUGCAAGACUUUAGUUACCAGAGACAGUCUGGGCGCCCAUAGAUUUGAAAGGUUUUCCAGAUGGAAGUCACUGACUCGUGCAAUCGGAAAACUUAUCUGUCUAGCCAGAUACUCCUCCAGAGCUACUAAUACUGAUCAACGUAGCAACGACCAUCUUGAACAAGCCAAGGUCGCGAUCAUCAAAUGCGUCCAGCAGGAAGUCUUUAAAGAAGAAAUUCAAAACCUUCUGAAAAAGGAAGAGAUUUCUCGACACAGUUCGCUCAAGAAGUUGAACCCUAUCCUCGACGAAGACGGAGUACUAAGAAUUGGAGGUCGUUUGUCGGCAGCGGAUAUGACUAUCCAAGAGAGACAUCCCUUCAUCAUACCUAAGAAUCAUCACAUCGCUCUUCUUCUGGUAAGACACUAUCACGAGCAAGUUGCACAUCAAGGACGACACUUCACUGAAGGAGCAGUACGGUCAGCAGGAUUGUGGAUCAUAGGAGGUCUAGACGUUUUUGGACCAUGGAACAUCUCUUCUCGCAAGACUAGAGGAGGCAGUGCCGAAAGUAAACGUUGGGCUGUUCUGUUCUCUUGCGUGAGUACUAGAGCAGUUCAUAUUGAAGUGAUUGAAUCUUUAUCCACUUCAAGUUUCAUCAAUGCCUUGAGAAGAUUCUUCUCUAUCAGAAGACCAGUGAAAUUGAUUCGUUCAGACCGCGGCACAAACUUUAUUGGGGCCUGCAAGGAGUUGAAAAUCAUCUCUACAGACUAUGAAACAGGUUCCUAUCUUCAAGAUCAAGGAUGCACUUGGACUUUUAAUCCUCCACACGCAUCGCAUAUGGGAGGAGCAUGGGAGAGGAUGAUUGGAGUAGCUUGUCGUAUUCUGGAUGCCAUGCUCCUGAAGGUUGGGUCUACUCGCCUCACUCAUGAAGCUUUGACUACACUAAUGGCUGAAGUCGUGGCCAUUAUGAACGCCAGACCUUUGGUUCCAGUGUCUACAGAUCCAGAGAUGCCAUCAGUCUUGACACCCGCAAUGCUGCUGACCCAGAAGAUGGAACCAGUGACAGCUCCCACUGGAGACUUUGACCUCAAGUACUUGUAUACUAAGCAAUGGAGACAAGUUCAAAGCUAUGCGGACAUUUUCUGGAAGAGGUGGAGACAGGAAUACCUGGUGACACUCCAGCCACGCAAGAAAUGGCAAGAUGACAAACCCAACUUACAAGUUGGAGACAUUGUCUUAUUAAAAGACACUCAGGCCCACAGGAACGAAUGGCCUAUUGGACUCAUUGUGGGGACUGAUCCUAGUGGUGAUGCUAGAGUUAGAAAAGUUGAAGUUAGAAUUGUUAGACAGGGCAUUCCCAAGGUGUAUGCUAGGCCAAUUUCUGAAGUAGUUUUACUUCUGUCCAAAGGUUAGUGGCAUAACCAAUGGUACGCCAGGUGGGGAGUGUGCUGCCUUUGCAAUGUAUAUUACAUGCUUGGCACUCAGUAGUGUCUGUUUCUUUAAGACCCUCCAUUUUCUUGAAGCUUAGAGGCGGGUCUUUUCUGUACUCUCUAGGGCUUGCUGGGACAUAUCCUGUUCAGUCCAGCUCUGGCUACUAUAGUGACCAGAUCCACAGGACAUCUUAAAGCUAUUACAGAUUGCAAACCUGACGAACACCAAAGCCUGUGAGUAAAGGGGUUUUGCUAGUUCAGCUUGUGUAGAGGGAUGUUAGACAUUGCAGAUAGAUAAUGUGUGUUUCAGUGUAGUAAGCAAGCACAUGUUAGUUAGGCCCUAUCUUUUGUAUUAGCUCUGUAUAACGUAUGUUGCUU